GUGAGUGCGCUCUGGUUGGGCUUGCCUCUGCCUCUCCAGUCCCUUCUCGUGCUGCUGUCCUCUGCGUGAACGCGCGUGGUACCCAACGCUCGUGAAGAGGAGGAGGAUGUGGCGCGCGGAGGGGAAAUGGCUGCCGAAAACAAGCCGGAAGGACUGAAGAAAAUCCGUAAUCCGGAUCGAAUGUACAGAUCAGCUGUGUGUUAUUCGGCCCAUGCUCCUCCUAAGAGUGUCAGUGAUGACACAGAGACGAACAAUGAACAUGGACAUUUGAAAAUAUACCUGCCCAAAAAGCUGCUUGAAUGUCUACCAAAAUGCUCCACGUUGCCAAAAGAGAGACACAGGUGGAACACCAAUGAGGAAAUUGCAGCAUACUUGAUUACAUUUGAAAAGCAUGAAGAAUGGUUGACAACAUCCCCUAAAACAAGGCCACAGAAUGGGUCGAUGAUCCUCUACAAUAGGAAGAAGGUGAAGUACAGAAAGGACGGCUACUGCUGGAAAAAAAGGAAAGAUGGGAAGACCACGCGGGAGGAUCACAUGAAGCUCAAAGUACAGGGAGUGGAGUGUCUGUACGGCUGUUACGUCCACUCCUCCAUCAUCCCUACCUUCCACCGCAGGUGCUACUGGCUUUUACAGAACCCAGACAUUGUGUUGGUCCACUACCUGAAUGUGCCAGCUAUUGAGGAUUGUGGGAAGCCAUGUGGUCCCAUCCUGUGCUCCAUCAAUACAGACAAGAAAGAAUGGGCCAAAUGGACGAAGGAGGAACUCAUUGGCCAGCUGAAACCCAUGUUUCAUGGCAUCAAGUGGACUUGCAGCAAUGGGAACAGCAGCUCUGGCUUCUCUGUGGAGCAGCUGGUGCAGCAGAUACUGGACAGCCACCAGACCAAGCCUCCUCCCCGGACUCACAACUGCCUCUGCACUGGCACUCUGGGUGCUGGAAGCAGUGUGCAUCAUAAAUGUAACAGCGCCAAACACCGCAUUAUCUCUCCGAAAGUGGACCCUCGCUCAGGAGGCUACAGCAGCACCCACUCUGAGCUCCAGAAUAAUGAUGUGUCAGAGGGUAAGACAGAACACAGCCACAGCAGCAAGAACAGCGGAGGAACAGGAGGAGGGAGCGUACGUGAGAAACGCAACGGCAAGGUGCACAAACCCGUGCUGCUGCACCAGAACAGCACUGAGGUGUCCUCCACCAAUCAGGUGGAAGUGCCAGACACAACCCAGAAUUCCCCUGUGUCCAUCAGCAGUGGGCUGAACUCAGACCCCGACAUGGCUGACAGCCCAGCGGUCACAGGCAUGGGCCACGUUGCCUCCGUCAUGAGCAGCCUAUCCCAGAGUGUUUUCAUGUCUGAGGUGACUGGGGAUCCCGUCUACAGCAUGUCCCCCACUGGAGGCCCCAAUACCCAUAUUAUGGGCCCAGAUGCCACCUCUCACAGCCUGGUCUUAGCAGUCGCCUCUGACAGCCACAAAUUUGCCUUUCCAGGAAGUGGGAGCACAGAUGCAGGUGGUCCCGGAGCAGACGGGCUGUCCAUGCUGUCUGCCUCUGGCGUCUCUGAGGAGCUUGUGCUCUCCAGCAGCCUAGAUUCUGGCAGCAUUAAAAUCCCAGAAACCACUAUGAACUUCGACCCUGACUGCUUCCUGAAUAACCCGAAGCAGGGCCAGACAUAUGGAGGAAGUGGAUUAAAGCAGGAGAAUGGCACAUCCAGUGCCUCGUCCUCCUCGACAGCUAACACCAACGGUUUGCAACGCUCGCCAACUAUAUCCGAUUCAAACUACGGCUUCAGUUCUGCACUGGUGAAAAACAUCAAGACUGAGGACACUUCCUUUGAACAACAGCUGGCCAAAGAAGGGAGCUACCAGGUGGGGGCAGUCGUAAGCUGUAGCGUUUCCAGCGGCUCUGGCGCCGAAAACUCACUCACCUUGACCCCUGCUGCCUCUCUGUUACCCUCUGGAGGGGGCCUGAGUCCAAGCACAACCCUGGAGCAGAUGGAUUUCAGCGCAAUCGAUGCAAAGCAGGACUACUCUGCCAGUGCCACUGCAGUAGGUUAUAGCCAGGCAAUGAACAACUUAGCUCACCAGAACCGAUCUCCAAGCUUCUUCCUUCAAGAACCACCACAGUCAGCCCAGAACCAGCAAGGCCGGCAGAGCUCCAGCCAGAAGGGCCACCUACUGGAGCAUAACUCCCCUGAUGGAGGCUACAUGGGUCUGCAGGUUGUAAAGACGGAAUCGCCUGGCAGUAAUGGCCACCUCCACCACCAUCACGCCCACCAGGGCCAGCACAGACCCAACUGCAAUGGAGGCUCACCCACCGAGGCCCAGGGACAGGCUGGCUCACUGCAGCUCCUCCAGUACCAGGGUGGUUUUCCAGGCCUUGGUCCAGAGCACGAGGAAGUUGUCGGUAUAGAUCAGAACCGCAGUGUUGGGUCCGGUCAGGCUGGGGCCACUGAGAAUGGGACAGAUGGUUUACUAAAGUCUGGGGAUCAUUUACAAGCCUGUAGAGGAGGAAACGGAGAGAGCGGAGGAGCAGAACACUUCAUGCAGCAGAGCUCUGAGAAUGGAGCAGGAGCCGAGGCCGUGGCUUUGAGGAAUGGAAACACCACAAGCGGGCCCAACAACGGCUCGCAACAGCAACUCCAGCCACUGCUUCAGGGAGCUAAUUUGGUUCAGGGGCUCUACAACACUCACCACGGGCUUAGUGGACCUGGAGCCAAUGGGGGAGGAGGCACAGGCAUGGAAAUCAGCUUGGAUCAUUUUGACAUCUCUUUUGGAAACCAGUUUUCUGACCUCAUCAAUGACUUCAUCUCUGUAGACAGCGGAUCCACGGCCGUAGGGCCUGCGGGAACGUUAUAUACCCACCAGUUGGUGGCCCCACCUGGGUCGGACGGAACGGCCACCUCAGGUGGGAACCAACAGCAAGGUCAAGAGGAUACAACCAACAGGGUGUCAGGAUACAGCCCCUCAGAGCUCUGCCUCCAGUCAUGCUGCAGCCCCCAGUCUUUAGGGGGAGGUGCUGGUGCUGGCGGAGGGUCAGGGGAGGCAGGAUCACUGGCCUACAUGCAUGUCGCUGAAGUAGUCUCAGCAGCGGUGGCCCAGGGCACUCUGGGAAUGUUGCAGGCCACCGGGCGACUUUUCAUGGUCACAGACUACUCUCCAGAGUGGUCCUACCCAGAGGGUGGUGUGAAGGUCUUAAUCACAGGGCCGUGGCAGGAAGACAGCAGCAGCUACACCUGCCUGUUUGAUCAGAUCUCUGUCCCUGCCUCUCUCAUCCAGCCUGGAGUUUUACGUUGCUACUGUCCUGCCCAUGACACCGGCUUGGUGACUCUGCAGGUGGCUGUCAGUAAUCAAAUCAUCUCUAACUCGGUUGUGUUUGAGUAUAAAGCCCGUGCACUGCCCUCCCUACCUUCAUCCCAGCAUGACUGGCUGUCACUUGAUGAUAACCAGUUCAGAAUGUCCAUCCUGGAGCGGCUGGAACAGAUGGAGCGCAGGAUGGCUGAGAUGGCCGGUCAGCAGCAGCAGGGCAGUGGAGGAACAGCGGGGACUGGAGGGGGAGGAGGAGGAGGAGGGGGAAACGGAGGCGCUAAUAGCCAGUCUCAGUGUAUCUCGGGACAGGCGGGAAGCUCUUUUGAGAGUCGUGUGGUGGUGGUUUGUGAGAAGAUGAUGAACAGGGCCUGCUGGGCCAAAUCCAAACACUUGAUUCACUCAAAGACCUUUCGGGGCAUGACCUUGCUACACCUUGCUGCAGGCCAAGGCUACGCCACCCUCAUCCAGACUCUCAUCAAAUGGCGCACGAAGCAUGCAGACAGCAUUGAUCUGGAACUUGAGGUGGACCCUCUCAACGUGGAUCACUUCUCUUGCACUCCACUGAUGUGGGCUUGUGCGUUGGGUCAUCUGGAGGCAGCAGUGGUCUUGUACAAGUGGGACCGGAGAGCACUGGCCAUCCCAGACUCUCUAGGCCGCCUGCCUCUCUCCAUCGCCCGCUCCCGUGGCCACACCAAGCUGGCGGAGUGUCUGGAGCAGCUCCAGAGGGAGGAACAGCAGCAGCAGACCCCAUCCUCCUUACCCCCCACUUCCAGCAUGUCUUUCUCCCCCAACCCUGACAUCCCCACCUCCAACAGCUGGAUGGUCAGCUGGGGCAGCGACAGUAUGGUGACCCCCAGUGGGCAGAACACUGGUACUACCACCUCUACUACAACACCUUGCACCAACCAGAACCCUGAUUUGAGAAGGCCGAGAUCAGAGCCCUCCAGCUACUACAGCAACGAGUGCCAGCGGGAAAUCCCCCUCGCCAAGAAACACAAGCCCAACCCAGAGCUUGUGCAAGCACAGCUGGAUAAGCCCAUGUCGGUUCCCUUGAACAUGGAGCAGCAGACACAUAAACUGUCAACCAGCCCUAAGACCCUCCCCUCCACCCCAUCCAGCCCGAAUAAGAGCAUCUCUGAAGAGGGUUUAGGGACAGGGGGCAUCCCACAAGCCAAGAUGGCCUCUUUCCGUGGAGGGCAUAAAUGGGGCACUAGAGAGGUGCUCAGGAAGGGAGGCAUCAGCGGCGCAGGGAAGGAGAAGUUGGCCAGCCGGUUGCGACAGCGUGGCGAGCCCCUCAGCAUGCUGGGAAUGGUGGAGAGGGAGAUUGUAGACACAGAGAUGCUUUCUUACAAGGAGGAUCUAGAGAACCAGGACUGCCUCUCUCACAUGGAGGACCUACAGGCGAAUAUGAUGAGCCUGGCAGAGCACAUCAUUGAGGCCACUCCGGAGCGUAUCAAGCGGGAACAUUUUCCAGCCAUGGAGUCUGUUCCUCUGGACAACAGUGGCCUCACCAACACCAUGAGCUGGCUGGCCAGUUACCUGGGAGACGUGGAACACCUGCCCAGCAUCAUCCACUUGAGUCCCAUAUACAGUGAACCCCUGACCCCUCCCUCCAACCCUAGCCUGAGCCCGGGUAACUCGCCCAUGCGUGAGGGCCCGUUUGAGAAGCCGACCUUGCCUGCUCCAGCCGAGUGGAGUGAGUUUCUCAGAGCCUCCAACAGCAAAGUGGAGAGAGAGCUCGCCCAGCUCACACUGUCGGACCCCGAGCAGAGGGAGCUCUACGAAGCCGCACGGCUGGUGCAGACCGCUUUCCGCAAGUACAAGGGACGCCCACUGCGCGAGCAACAGGAAGUAGCCACCGCUGUCAUUCAGCGCUGUUACAGGAAGUACAAGCAGCUAACAUGGAUAGCCUUGAAGUAUGCACUUUAUAAGAAGAUGACGCAGGCCGCCAUCCUUAUCCAGAGUAAGUUCCGCAGCUACCACGAGCAGAAGAAGUUCCAGCAGAGCCGGCGGGCGGCCAUGCUGAUCCAGCAGUGCUACCGCAGCUACAGGGAGUUUGGCCGGCUGAGGCCCCACCACAGAGCAGCCACCGCGGCACUGGUCCAGCACAAACUCAGAAGCAGUCUUCUCACUAAGAGGCAAGAUCAGGCCGCCCGCAAGAUCAUGAAGUUCCUCCGCCGUUGCCGCCACAGCCCCUUGAUGGACCAUAGACUAUUCAAGCGGGUGAGUGCAGCCUCAGCGAUUCAAGUGAGAGAAUUGAGAAAGGCCAGGGAACAUGAGAGCGUCCAGAAGAGCCCCCUCACAAUGUGACAUUACUCUCCAGACUCUUCCUUUCAGUUUUUCUGUUUCAACCAGAGACAUUUUACAAGAGGAAAAAAAUAGCAAGAACACUGCAACUCUUACUACUACUGUAUGACUGAUACUUCGGCUACUAAACAACUGCUUUUUUUUUCAUAUCUCUUUAUUCCUUCUAUGUUUCUUUUAUGAAGGAAAGAGGCAACUGCUGUGGAUCAAAACAAACUCAAAGGACGUUGUUUUAGGAGGAACAACAUUUGCUUCAUGGCAUUUUUUGCACUUUUUAAUGGAUUGAUUUGUCAUUUUGGAUGAGCAUUAAAAUGUUUCAUUUGAAAAGGGAAAAAAAAGAGAGUGGAUGGAAGAUUGGAAGUCAUGCUCUUCAGUGGCUCGUAAAGAUAAAUGAAGAGAGAAAGAUGGUGACAAAAUAUGGCGUCGACACAGAAACAUGGCCGGACCUGUUCCGAGUGUAUUUCGUAGUUUUCAAAAAAGAUGACAAGAUGUGUUUAGUGGGUAAAAUUGUUACCAAAAAUGAUGUAUAAUUCAUGAAUUAGUUUUUGUACAGCCAGAUGAAUUCAUCAGAAACUUCAUCCAGUCUGUCCCUUACAGUCACCCGUCUUCUCUUAGCUACAAGGAGACUGGGUUGCUAAUGAAUGUAAGAGGGAAAUGAGCAGGCUUGGAUUGACGUGUCAAAUGCUGAUUUUAUUUUGCUAACAAAAAGUGUGGAAUGCAUAGGUAUACAUACAAUUUUACUCAAUUUGAUGAUAUUCAGCCGACACACAUCAGCGAGACAUCACAGAGCAUCGGAUCGCUCCGGGCAGAUCUUGUCUUACGCGUGCUUGAAACUAGGCCACAGUCUUUUCGUUUGUAUUGUUUUCAACUCCAUUCAUGUACUGGAGGCACCACAUGUCAUCACCUCUGCCCAUCAUUUACUAUUGGCAAGUUUGUAAUACGUUUUCUUUUGUUAAUCCAAUGUUAAAUACUCAUUGGUGAUGCUUUUGUUUGGUUGAAAAUCAACUUCAGAUGUUUUCUAAAGCUGUUAAAGAGAAAUUUACAUACAUUGCCUUGAUAUCUUUGACACACUUUGAAGGGUCUCCACACCCGGGGUUAGACAAAUCCAUAUUUUUGACAAUUGAGCGGUUCCUGUAUAUAAAGAAGGUUGCCGGUACGCAAAGUAAAACAUUUAUCUAAGCAGGAUUGUAUUUUAGAAAUAUAUUAUUUUACUCAUUGAAAGGGAUCAAAACAGAUUAGCGUCAAAAUCUGAAUAUUUGUAUAGUUUUGUUUGAAUGCCUAAGAAGUAUGGUUGUAUCGUUUGUACAUAGUGUAAAUACCUGGGAUAAAGUCAAGCUACUGUAUGUGCAUGACAAAAACGAACAAAGAUACAAAAAAAGAGUUUAAAAGCAUUAGUGGCUAUGCUCUGUAAAACUAUUUCACUAUAAGAGUAUUUUAUUUUACUUUGAAUGUUCUUGAGAAGAACAUUUUGCUGAAGCAUGACUUUCCUGCAAUUAUGAAAAAUACUGUAUUUAUGAGGUAGGAGAAAAGGCAAAAUGAUCAUUAGGUUAUGUUUACAUCCGUUUGUUUGUUUGUUUUUUCGGGGCUACCAAGAAUCUUUUUGCCAAUGGUGCCAAGUAAUGUGAAUGCUACUGCUUAAAGAAAGUAAGUUAAUCAUUUGCUGAACAGAUAAUCACAUGGUAGUAUGUGAUCAGAUUCAUUGCAUUCGAUAUGCAUAACCCAUGAACACAGUCGGUCUAGGAUGAUGGUGUAUUUCAGGAAGGAUCUUUAAGUGUAUCACAUAUCCCAUUUGGUUUAUUUGUAUAUUUGUUUUGUGUUUCAGAUACUUUUGUAUUAUGUCAGUGAAACGAUGUAAAAUAUGCUUUUCUGUUAUGAAUACAGAAGUAGUGGACCUUUCUAACAUUGUGUAACAUUCUGGCAGUCUAGUUCGACAAGAUGUGCAAGAAUCCCUGUGAGCUGACAUACUGUAGAAGCUUAAAUAAUUGAAAUCCACACUGCUACACUGACUGAAAGAUUCGGUUCUCUGUUAUGCAUGUAAACAGGAUUCUUUUGGUGCUAAAACGUUGGCGUCAAGGGCCUGAUCGACCUCCAAAGAUCAACCAAUUUCACCAGUGUUGCAGUGAUGUUACUUUCAACAGCAGGUGUCGCCAUGGCUUUUGAAAAGACGAAAGUAUGUGAAAACACUCCUGAAAACGAUUUCUAAUGCACUAAAAAUGUGUAUAUUUCAGUUUCCCCUCAUGUCAAAAUGCUUCUUUUUUUUUUUUUUUGCCAUAUUUUGUAUUCGCGUCUCUGUUCAAGAGAAUGAUAUGUAAAUGUUUUUCUUCAGAGUGCUUAUGUUGGAAGUGCCUGAUCAUAUUCUCAAUCCAGCGAGCCGUGUCAGUCUGCAUGUGAGGUUUGCAAGGGACUGGCAUUAGCGAGAAGUGAGUAAUAGUCUGUUUGUUUUUCUUUUUUCCGUUAUGUAUCUUCUUUCUUUGUCUGUGCUUUCUCCACGUAUUUCAUUUUAACGCACCAGGAAUUUAUGGCUUCAUCAUAACUCACGUCCUCUAUUGGAACUGCCAGAUGAACCCGCGAGGACUGCAGAUUUCAGUCAGUCCGGGUGGUUCUUGCCUUGCAUUCAUCAUUCCGGUAGCAGUUUAGGUUGUCAGCUGAUGCACUGCGGUGGCAACUCGAGUCUUAUUAUGCUUGCAUGGGUAACAUAGAUAACCGGGUUGCUGAAACAGCACCCAAAGCAUGCUUAUUUUUGUAGAUUUGGUAGUCAGGUAGACUUGUUGAAGAAAUACUGUUCUGUAAAGCAGCUGGUUUCAGGGGUUGCAGAAUUUCAAACAGACUGAGGGCUUCGAAACGUAACUUUACAGUACAAAAAAAGUCAAAACAGCUGGCAAAUUGUCAGUACUCAUAUUUACAGGGGCAGCAUGAAUCUUUUUUCUUUUCUAUCAAAUAGAAUUUGGCUUAUUGUUGAGUUUUAAAUGGCAUCGAAUUCAGUUUCACUCCACUUUCCAUUCACAUUUCUUAAAACGACUCCACUACAGAAACAGGUAAAAAAACAAAAAAAACAAAACAAAAAAAAAAACAAACGUGUGUACCUCAUACAAAAACACGCGCCACAGAACUGUGUCCAUAUCCACGUUAAAGUGUCCAUGGCACUAGUGCAGUUGAAACCUCGGCUGUGAAUCUGACGGGUUCACUUUUGUAUCUUAACUCAGGUGCCAAACUGGAGAAAAGGGGAAGUAGAGCAGGUCACUUGAGAAUUAGUUGCUGCUUAUUGGGAAACGAGCCAGACUGUCCUGAUCAAAUUACUGUGAUUCUGAACGUCAUGCUGUUCACCUUUUUUUAAAUCAACUACGUGAGCUGAGUUGGCGUACCUUAGGUCCCUAAAAAAUGAUUUGUCAAAAGACUGGUGUUGUAUAAGAGUGAUCAAGCCCGUUCGAAUGGAGCAGGUCUACACGAAUGCGUCUGAUGCUUGUGUAAAUACGCAUGGAUGUUUCAGUUGUUCAAUGCAGCUUCUCUGUCCGGAUCCUAUAGUCACUGUAUAAACACACUGCCGUGGAUAUACUGUAUCACAAUAUUGAAAAAGUGCUGCUCAGAUCGAUUCAUCACCAUCAUCAUCAUCAUCACGUUAUUAUAGCCAUAACUAGACAUUUAAAAGCAUAGCUGUAGUUUCAAAACGCCAAACUAAAACCUCAUCUGGUCGCAUACGGGUUCAUUUUGACAACUCUCCUUCAGCUUUAAUGGUAUCACAGCUCAGCCCACAGAAGAUACCUCAUUACUUUUGUUUGUCGCGUCACCAACUUAGAACAGAGACUGCCUUUCCUGCGCAUCCAUACUUUAGAGAAGGGAAACAAACAUCCCAGCACUCAUGGACACAGAGCAAUAAGCAAUUCCUGAAGUGAAGACCUGUAGACCUAAUGGGGACAGCGAUCUGUUGGACACACGUAGCUGACUAACUCUUAUGCAAAUGCCAGUAUUGUGAGAUUAGAAUGCAGUAGUUUAAGGACAGUGCUUAUACGACACCCUUCAUGGAGCUGCACGUUUUCAUCCCUUUCAAACCCAGAAAAUAACGGCCCUGCCUUUAUUACAAGCUACACUUGGGGCUCUCUACACUUUGCAUGUUAAACUAGUGUUAGAUCUACUUUUCCUCUCCUCUCUAGCUGUCUUUCUCUGUCUUUCCCGAUUAUGUAGCCCUCUCCCUUCCUAAUGACCCCUGAUUUUUUUUCUUCUUCUUCUUCUUCUUUCUUAAAUGUCUUUGUUUUUCUCCCUUCCCUCUGGUUUGAGCAAUUUAUUUUUGUAAUUGUGCAUGUUAAAGAGUCACUGAAUCGAUGGAUAUGUUAAAAAAGAGAAUUCAGCUGCUGAAGCCAUGCAAAAUGUUUUGAAUUGCCCUUAAAAUAUGAAAGAUGUUUUCUGAAUGCUUUAUAUUCUCUCUGCUGUAAAAUAAUAAAAGGGGAAAAAACUUAAGAAAA